AUGAAGACGUUCUCUCGCUUCGGGUUUUUGGCCACGGCCAUGGUGUUCCACCUCGUCUAUAUCAUGUCCAUCUUUGAUAUCUACUUCGUCAGCCCCAUCGUCUCAGGGAUGCGCCUCUUCAGUGUGCCACGAGAAGCCGAGCAGCGUGCGCCCGCGGAUCGCCUUGUUCUGUUUGUUGGUGAUGGACUCCGAGCCGACAAGGCCUUCCAAUCCUUUCCCGAGCCGUACCCCAAGACCGAUGCGGACCUUGAGCCACGACCCCUAGCGCCGUUCAUUCGAAACCAGGUGCUGGAGAAAGCGACAUUUGGAGUCUCCCACACACGCGUGCCGACCGAAUCUCGCCCUGGACAUGUCGCUCUCAUCGCAGGAUUGUACGAGGAUGUCUCAGCUGUGGCGACCGGAUGGAAGAUGAACCCCGUCAACUUUGACAGCGUGUUCAAUCGAAGCAGGCACACAUGGAGCUGGGGGAGUCCCGACAUUCUCCCCAUGUUCGAGCAUGGUGCUGUCCCCGGACGGGUUGAUACGUACAUGUAUGGCGCAGAGAUGGAGGAUUUCUCCCACGACGGCUUCGAUCUGGACUACUGGGUAUUCGACCACGUCAAAGACUUCUUCAAGGAAGCUGAGACCAAUCCUGAACUGAACAAGGCCGUGCGCGAGGACAAGGUCGUGUUCUUCCUUCACUUACUGGGUAUCGACACCACUGGCCACACGUUCAGGCCCUACUCGCCCGAGUACCUGUACAACAUCAAAGUGGUGGACCAGGGGAUUAAGGAGGUCACCGAGUUGAUCGACAAGUUCUACGGCGACGACCGGACCGCAUACGUGUUCACAGCCGACCACGGCAUGAGCGAUUGGGGCAGCCACGGGGACGGGCACCCGGACAACACGCGGACACCUCUCGUCGUGUGGGGUUCUGGCGUCAACGGGCCCGAGCUGCACCCAGGAACAUUGGCGCCGGGCCAUACCGAAUUCUCGGCGGACUGGGGAUUCGACCACGUGCGCAGACACGAUGUCGCGCAAGCCGACAUUGCUGCUCUCAUGGCAUACCUGAUCGGCACCGAGUUUCCCGCCAACUCGGUCGGGCAGCUCCCGCUGUCCUACCUGAAAGCAGACAACAAGGCCAAGGCCGAGGCCUCGCUCGUCAAUGCGCAGGGGAUUUUGGAGAUGUACCGCGUCAAGGAGGAAAAGAAGGCCGCCUCGGAAAUGCGUUUCAAGCCGUUUGAGGCGCUGAGCGCAGAGGGCUCGACGCCCGCGUCGCGACUGGCCUCUAUCCGCGCCCUCAUCGACGCUGGCAAGGUGGAGGAGGCGGUUGAGGAGACGGACGCGCUCAUGGCCCUUGCUCUCGACGGUCUGCGCUACUACCAAACAUACGACUGGCUCUUCCUUCGCACGGUUGUCACCCUUGGGUACCUUGGCUGGAUGGCCUAUGCUCUCACCGCUGUCGUUGAUACCUUUGUCGUCAAGGAGCACAUCUCCCCAUCCAGGAAAGCCGGCCACCUCACUUUCUUCUCCGCGUUGCUGGUCACUUUCUAUGCUUACUUUUACGUCUCGGCUGCGCCGUGGACCUACUACGUAUACGUCUUCUACCCUGUCAUGUUCUGGGAAGAGGUGUUUGCGAAGCGAGAGUCCCUUGUGCAGGGUGGCAAAGUGCUCUUUGCGCAUGUGCAGGGGAUCGGCGCUGUCAUGGCAUUGGUUGCGAACAUUAUUUUCUACGUGGCCGUCAUCGAGUCCCUGGCCCUUGGCUACAUUCAUCGCGAAGUCUUCACUGGUCUCUUCGUCCUCGGGUCCCUCUGGCCUGUCGCGUACGGCCUCUCGUUCCUCAGAUCCAACCUAUUCUUGAGCUUUGGCUGGGCAUUUUCCUGCCUUGUCAUGAGCGUCUUUACCCUCUUGCCUGCGCAAAAGGUCGAAGAUGUCACACUUAUUGUCGCUGGAGGUGUACUAAUGGCCCUUAUUGGCUUGCUGUACCUUGUAUUCCAGGACUUUGUCCUCAAGGAUUUCUCGUCAGCGAACAAGAGACCCCAAGCGAACUCUGACGUGGCGGUCGGCAGGGUCUUGGUUGGCGCGCAAGUUGGCCUCAUCAUCUUGUCCAUCAUUGUGACACGCUCGAGUGCCCUGUCGAUUCAAUCCAAGAAUGGUCUCCCACCUGGCAACCAGAUUGUAGGAUGGCUCGUAUUCAUCGUGUCUUUCCUGAUGCCGUUUGCAUACCGGCUCGACAAGACGACUCAUUACAUGCACCGACUGAUCGUCAUCUUCCUGACCUGUGCGCCUACCUUUGUCAUUCUCGCCAUCUCAUACGAGGGGCUUUUCUACGUGGCAUUCAGCAUGCUGCUUCUUGCUUGGGUCAGGCUCGAGACAAACGCACAGAACUUUGUCGCUGCCCGAACACCCCAGAAUGGCCGGGCGAAGAAGGACGAGAAAGUUGGCGCCGCUGUCUUGCGGGCGCUCACGCUUUCAGACGCCCGUGUCGUGCUCUUCUUUAUGAUUCUCCUCCAGUCCGCCUUCUUCAGCACGGGCAACGUCGCAUCGGUCUCCUCCUUCAGCCUGGAGAGUGUCGCGCGACUGAUCCCGAUCUUCGACCCGUUCUCGCAAGGCGCCCUGCUGAUCGUCAAGCUGAUGAUCCCGUUCGCACUCAUUUCAGCUAACCUCGGCGUGCUGAACAAGCGACUGGGCGUGGCCCCUUCCGCGCUGUUCAUCCUGACCAUGGGGUUGUGUGAUAUCCUCACACUGUACUUCUUCUGGGUCGUCAAGGACGAGGGCUCCUGGUUGGAGAUUGGAUCGACGAUCAGUCACUUUGUCAUUGCCAGUCUGCUGUGCGUCUUUGUGGCGGCACUCGAGGGUGUGAGCGCGCUGUUCAUCUCGGGGAUGGAGGUGGAGGAGGCCCUGGCUGGGGUGCCGUCCGUCACGGGUGAGAACGGUGAGGACACCAAGCCGAGAGUAUCAGCCAAUGGCAAAAGUGUGAAAAGGAGCUGA